AUGACGAGCCGCAAGCGACGCGCGCCGGGCGCUUCACCGCAGGCUCCAACCCAGACAUACCAGCAUGACAUUCCCGCGCCAACUGAUCCAUACAUGGACUGGAGCAACCCCGCAGCAGGCGCAGAUAUGAACUUCACCGACCCCCCGCUAUACGACAACUACGGCCAGAGCAUGGGAGGAGGGCACAAUCGGGUCGUGUCGCUGGACGGAUACACCGACGGCGCCGAGAUGACGGGACAAUUGGUACGGCGGAAUACAAACCAGCAACUCGCACCAGCGCCGCGGCGGAAUCAAUGGGAUGGCUUUCCUAGUCCAACGCAACAGUGGGAGACUGUGGACGAUGACGAGGAGCUCGAGCAGAAGGCGGCUAUCGCGAAGAAGGAUGCACAAGCGAAGCGGAAACAGAUUCCACCGUUUGUGCAGAAGUUGAGCAGUUUUCUGGAUAACAACAAGAACGAAAACCUCAUUCGAUGGUCCGACGACGGCAACUCCUUCAUCGUGCUUGACGAAGACGAAUUCGCAAGGACACUCAUACCCGAGCUCUUCAAACACAACAACUACGCAUCAUUUGUACGGCAACUGAACAUGUACGGAUUCCACAAGAAGGUUGGGCUGUCGGACAACUCCAUGAAAGCUAGCGAGACUAAAGCGAAAGCCCCAAGCGAGUACUACAACAAGUACUUCAAGCGCGGUCGGCAAGAACUACUGUGGCUGAUCCAGAAACCGAAGAAUCCUGUCACUGGACCCAAACGGAAACGAGAUGAGGAGAACAAGGGCGAUAGUGAUGAGGAUCGCAAGUACAUCCAAGACACAGGAGGUGGAGGCUACGUCGAGGAAGUGGCUGUCAGGGGAAACGAACAAAUGGCCAUGAUCCCGCGGUCCGAAUACAACAGCUUACGAGUCGAAGUCAGGGAGCUCCAACAGCAACAAAAGCUCAUUUCCAAUGUUCUCACCCAGAUCAAACGCCAGAAUGAGGAGCUGUAUUCACGAGCGACGUCAUUCCAGGCCCUGCACGACCGCCACGAGAACUCCAUCAAUGCCAUCUUGACAUUCCUUGCUACCUUCUAUAACAGGAGUCUAGAAGGUAAUGCGAAUAUGAACCUUGCGGAUAUGUUCCCUGCAGCACGACAACAACCUCACGGUAAUGUUGUGGAUGUUGACGACUAUCCCAUGCAAGAUACUCACAAGUCACCGCAGCUGCAGAGGAACAAAAAACCACUGGCCAUUCUUCCGGCACCAGGACCAACUCAACAGGACUACCUUGCACCAACAACCACCGGCCGCGCCACAACCAUGAGCCCAACAGCCCGGCCCCUCGCAAGUCCCAUCACACGCCCGGGAAGCCGCCAAUCAGUAUUCCGCCCCUCAGUAUCGAUGAAUCGCCAACAAUCACAAUCCUCCUUCCCCCAGCAACAGAGCCGAGAAAGCAUAACCCCCUCGCAAGUCAAACCCGAACCCGCCCAACAAAGUGCUCAGCAAUUCCCCGAGAACUCCGCCAUAAUGUCCGCCAUUCAAAACGCAAACAACGCUGCUGCAAACCAUUCUGGCACCACCGGCACCAAUGGUCCUCCACCCACAGAUUUCGAUUACGCAGCCGCGCUGUCGAAUUACCAAACUGCCGAUGGCCAUGUUCCUCUUACCCCCCAACAACGGAACGACGUCCUCUCGCAGAUUGUGAAUAACGCAGGUGCGCAGAAUACCAACAAUGCCUUGACGAACCCGCAUCCGCCCGAGAUGGACAGGUUACUAGGCGACCUAGCGCAGUACCAAGCUACACAGCAGCAGCUGGAGAUGUUGCAGAAGCUGUCCGAUCAGCAAAACGCCAAGAUACAGGGAAUCCACGAGAGAAUACUGCCACUCAGCCCCACUGGACAAAUCUCUGGGCUAGGCGAGAGCGGCGAUGGAUAUUUUGGUGGUGGGGAUGGUGGGCUCGGCGAACCGGGUGGUUACGAUCUUAACAUGGAUUCUUUUGUCAAUGACGAUGAUUUCUUUACGUCGACGGGGGAUGCUGCGAAUCCAGAAGUGAUGACGUCGGAGCAGAAGAGCGGUGGUGGAGCAAAUGGCGCUGUCGCUGCUAAUAACACGAAUGGUGGUAUACCGGAUUUUACCUUUGACGAUAGUACGCCGUUUGACGUUGUCGAUGGCGUGAAUGGUGGGGGGGACCCGGCUUUUGACUUUGCGGAUACGACGGCGAAUGGUGGCAUGGGAGAGGAUGAUUCGGGUCUGCUGAGUGUUAAUGGAGGAGGGAAUGGAAAUGAAGAGGGAGUUGGGGGCAAUGGGGCGGCGAGUGGGGCGAGUAGUGCGUCGACUUCGCCGGCUGGGAGUGCGACGGUGGAGGAGGUGGAGGAUGAGACGAGGAGGGGAACUACUGGGGGUGGGGGUGCGAAGAGGAGGAGGAGAUGA